CUAAUGCCUCCUUCAGUUGUUUGCCAACCGCCAAUAUAAGAAGAAGAAGAAGCAGUCUCUCAGCUGAGGGCUUUCAGGAAGUGCUCAACUUGUGACUGACAACAACCCUGACGUGAGAGGAAACACAUUUGUAUCAAUAAUGGCUGAGCCCUGGAUAUCUUCCAUUGAUGGAAAGUUGGCUGAAGAAUUUGCUGCCCCCUCCCAUGUUGAGGAGGUUAAGGAGAAGAUGGCUGCUUUUGCCACUUGUCACGCCGAAGCAGGUCGCAGAGUAGUUCUCAUCACGUCAGGGGGCACCAAAGUCCCCUUGGAGUCGCGCACCGUCCGCUUCCUGGAUAACUUCAGCAGCGGCCGGCGAGGAGCCUCCUCGGCGGAAUACUUCAUAGACUCGGGCUACGCUGUCAUUUUCUUGCACAGGCACCGCUCUCUCUACCCCUACACACGCAUGUUUUUAACCAUCAACAUGCUGGACUCCCUGCAGUUCAGGGGUGGAGAAGAAACCGGUGAGGUGGUGGUCAACCAGCAGGUGCUUCCGGACAUCGCCAGAGUACUGAAGAGGUACAACGAAGUGAAAGAAGGUGGACUUCUUCUACCCAUCGAGUUCAACACGCUUUCAGAGUAUCUGCAUUUACUGAAAGCAGCAGCACAGGCACUCAGCACUAUAGGAUCAAAGGCCAUGUUUUACUUGGCUGCAGCCGUGUCUGAUUUCUACAUACCGGCGUCAGAGAUGCCAGAACACAAAAUCCAGUCUUCCAACGGGCCUCUUCAGCUCAGCAUGAAGAUGGUUCCCAAGAUCCUGUCGCCGCUUGUUAAAGACUGGGCGCCUCAAGCGUUUGUCACAUCCUUCAAGCUGGAGACUGACUCGACCAUCCUACUCAACAGGGCCCGGCGGGCUCUGGACACUUACCGGCACCAGGCGGUGGUGGCCAAUGUGCUGGACUCCCGGCGGGGUUACGUGGUGGUAGUGACCCCAGAGACUCAGUCUGAGCUGGUCCUCACCGAGGAGGACGUGAAGAAGGAGGUAGAGAUCGAGGAGAGGAUAGUGAGCAACCUGACGUCGGCGCACAGCAAGUUUAUUACUCAACAAGCUGGGUGAUUAAAAAUGUAACCUGUUAGGUUUUAAUUCAUCCCUGCUUGUCCCCAUGAAGAGUUUUCUCUACAUUCAGUUUGUUGUGGUAACUACAAACAAAUCAAGCCAUUUAUUGUCAGUGUUCUUUGAAUGUUUAUUCAUGUUGUCAGAGAAACACCGCAUGAUUUCAGGACUGUUGACCAUUAAUAAACAUGCACAUAUACAGCUGCACCUCCACA